CGUGGUGACGUCAUCCGGUGCUCCUGGAAGCGAUCAGCCGCUUGGUCCCCCGAGAACGGACAGGAAGUGAGGGAGACAGUGACAACGUACCGGCUCUGGCGGGCUGUCAUCACCAGGGGCUCGGAGAGAGGGGAACCAGGGAUCAAACCUAGAGUAAAAUCAAAUUAUAUCAGAGAGAGCGUCAGCCAGGACUCGGCACUAUGUCAGGAACCGGCAAUAAGAGAACUGCAGGGGAUAAUGUCAGCUCCUCAGCACCCCCAGAAAAGAAGGCUGCAGUUGAGGACUCAGGGACCACGGUGGAGACCAUUAAACUUGGCGGUGUUUCAUCUACGGAAGAACAGGACUUGCGUACUCUUCAGGUUAAGAACAAGAAGUUGGCUGGAAUGUUAGACCAGAGACAAGCUAUAGAAGAUGAACUACGAGAUCGCAUUGAGACCUUAGAGAAAAGGCAGGCAACAGAUGAUGCAUCUCUCCUAAUAAUUAACAGAUACUGGAGUCAGUUUGAUGAAAACAUUAGGAUUCUCCUAGGUCGGUAUGAUUUGGAUCAGGAUUUGGGAGAGUUUUUAAGUGAACGAAAAGCAUUAGUGCUUCCUGAACCUGAACCAGAUUCUGACAGUAAUCCUGAGCGCAAGGAAACUGAUCGGGGUGAGGGUCUAUGGGAAGCUCCACUUUCUUUCUUGGCUACGCUAGCCAGCAGUAGCAGUGAAGAAAUUGAAACCCAGCUGCAGGAACGUGUGGAAUCCUCGCAUAGAGCUGUCUCCCGCAUAGCACUGGUGUAUGACCGCUUACAUGCACGCCUGGAUCAACUGUCCAUUAAACUCAAUAGUACAGACCCCACACUGAUGGAGGAGGCAGUUCGAGAUCUAAAUUCUUUGUUAACUAAUGAGAAUGCUCGACUGCAGGAAGUGUGUACUUUGUUGCAGGAGAAACAGCAGAGCAUGUCUCAAGAGUUCUCACAGCUGCAAUGUCGGUUAGAAAAUGCAGAGUCCCGAGUCUCCGUCCUAGAUGGUCUUAUUGAGGAUCUACAGUGGGAUAUUGAUAAAGUCCGCAAACGAGAACAGCGCCUUAACAGACACUUGUCUGAAGUUCUUGAGAGAGUUAAUUCCAAGGGAUACAAAGUGUACGGGGCUGGCAGUAGUUUGUACGGAGGAACUAUUACUAUCAACUCAAAAAAGUUUGAAGAGAUGACAUCUGAAGUAGAUAUGAAUAAGGAGCUAGCUGUGAACCGCUUGCAGGAAUUAGAAAAACUGAAACAAGACUUAAACGAAGUAACAUCAGAGAACCAUGAAUUGCAGGCUGAGCUUGUGAGUGCUGUGGAGAGCAAUGUCCGAAUUUCCCCAGAGUAUCGCUGUAUGCAGUCACAGUUCUCUGUUUUGUAUAAUGAGUCCUUGCAACUGAAGGCCCAACUGGAUGAAACUCGGUCUUUACUGCAUGCAACGCGCUCUAAUCAUCAGCGUCAGCUUGAUUUGAUUGAGCGGGAUGAACUGUCUCUCCAGAAAAAGGUUCGCACUGAAGUGAUUCAGUUAGAGGAUACGCUUGCUCAAGUGCGUAAAGAAUAUGAAAUGCUUAGAAUAGAGUUUGAGCAGACUCUGGCUGCCAAUGAACAAGCUGGUCCCAUUAAUAGAGAGAUGAGACAUCUGAUCAGCAGCUUACAGAACCAUAAUCACCAGUUAAAGGGAGAGGUACUGAGGUAUAAGAGACGUCUGCGAGAGAUACAAGGAGAUAUUAACAAGAUUCGUUCUCGCAACAGUAGUACGCUUUUCAUGCUGCCUUCCCAAUCUAGCAUUGAUGAGUCAAAGGAAGAGGCACUUGAAAUAAAGACUGAGCCUGAAGAGACUGCCAUUCCAACACCCGCCAUCACUCAGCUUGAAACUACUAUUAAGCGUGAGGAAGAGGAAGUACAGCCUCCACAAACACAGUCACAGCCAAAAGACAAAAGGGAACGCGAAAGAGAGCGUGAACGAGACAGAGGACGAGAGAAAGAAAGAGGAGACAGUUCCAAGGAAAAAUCAAAACAUGAGUCUGAUUCAAAGCGAAAAGAGGCAGAGUCUGUUAAACAGAUGAAAGCAGAGCUAAAGAGAGUGCAGGAGUCCUUGAGAGACAUGAAGCUGCUUUUAGACAUGUAUCGUUCGGCACCCAAGGAACAGAGAGACAAGGUUCAAUUGAUGGCGGCAGAGAGAAAGAGUAAAGCAGAGUUAGAAGAACUGCGUCAACGUCAUCGGGAGCUAGAGGAAAGAGAGCGUAGGGAUAGUAAGAAGAUGGCAGAUGAAGAUGCUCUACGCAGAAUGAGAUCAGCUGAAGAGCAAACCGAAGCCCUCCAGAAAAGACUUUCUACAGCAAAACAGGAGGAGGAGGCACUGCUGUCAGAAAUGGAUGUCACGGGCCAGGCAUUUGAGGAUAUGCAAGAGCAGAACAUCCGGCUGAUGCAACAGCUCAGAGAAAAGGAUGAUGCCAACUUUAAGCUGAUGUCUGAGAGGAUCAAAUCAAACCAGAUCCAUAAACUUUUAAAGGAGGAAAAGGAGGAGUUGGCAGACCAGCUCCUUACUCUUCGCACACAGGUAGAUGCUCAACUACAGGUUCUUCGAAAACUUGAAGAAAAGGAACAUUUACUCCAGAGCAGCAUAAAUACAGGAGAGAAGGAACUGACUUUGCGUACACAAGCACUGGAUCUUAGCAAACGCAAGGCAUCAGAGGCUUCACAGCAAGCAGAGGAGCUGCGCUCACAGAUGGAAGUAUCUCAAAAGAAAUUGCGAGAUUUGAGAACAGAAAUAAUUGAAAAUAGUGCAAACCGGGAGAAGGAUGCAUUUAACUACAAGAGAGCUCAGGAGGACAUAUCUCGUCUGCGGAAGAAAUUGGAAUCCACAAAAAAACCUGAUUUGGUGCCAACGUGUGAUAAAAUUCUUAUGGAAGAAAUCAAAGAAUAUAAGACCAGACUCACUUGUCCAUGCUGCAAUUCAAGGAAGAUGGAUGUUGUCCUCACCAAGUGUUUCCAUGUAUUCUGCUUCGAAUGUGUGAAGACACGCUAUGACACAAGGCAGCGCAAAUGCCCCAAGUGUAAUGCAGCUUUUGGAGCCAACGACUUCCAUCGUAUCUACAUUGGUUGAAUUGUACAAUACAUUCCAAUGCCCCAGCAGCUCCCUGCUUGCAUAGACAUUAUAGACCUACCCGCAUGUGUAACUUCCCUACUCUACAUGGACACAUUGCGCUGCAGGAAUAGCAUCCUCGUAUAGUCCCCUAACAAACCUCUCAUAGAAAAGUGUGAAGCUUAAUGUACUCUACAAAUUCCCAUUUCUAAAAAAAAAAAAUAUUCUUUUAUACUACUACAUCGAGAAAUGAAAUUGGGCUGAUUGUUGUUUCUUGUGACAUAAGCUGUAAUUAAAUUAUUUUCCUUGAAAA